CAACACACAUUCAUUUCAAGUUUCAACCCCAUCCUCUCCUUCCCCUAGGAUAUCUUACCCAACCGGAGUAGCAUCAAUCACCAUGGUUUCUGAGAAAGGCCAGUCGAGAAACGUGUGUGUGAUCGGGGCAGGACCGUCGGGGUUGGUGGCGGCAAGAGAGCUUAGGAAAGAGGGUCACAAUGUGGUGGUGAUGGAGCAAAGCCAUGAUGUAGGUGGACAAUGGUUGUAUGAGCCUAAUGUGGAGAGUGAGGAUCCCUUAGGAAGGGACAAGGUCCUAAAAGUUCAUAGUAGCGUAUACGCCUCUCUAAGGCUAACCUCUCCUAGGGAGAUCAUGGGGUACACUGAUUUCCCAUUUUUGAUCAAGAAAGGUAGGGACAUGAGGAGAUUUCCAGGGCAUAGAGAACUUUGGCUUUAUUUGAGGGAUUUUUGUGAUUGGUUUGGGUUGAGGGAGAUGAUAAGGUUCAAUACUAGGGUUGAAUAUGUAGGGAUGUUGAAUUAUGGAGAGUUUGGAAAAGAUUUGAAAUGGAUUGUUAGGAACAAAGGGAAGAAUUCCGAGAAGGAAGUAGAAGAGAUCUUUGAUGCUGUUGUUGUAGCCACAGGUCACUACUCUCAUCCUAGGUUGCCUUCCAUCAAAGGGAUGGAUGCAUGGAAAAGGAAACAAAUGCAUAGUCAUGUUUACAGGGUCCCAGAGCCCUUUCGCAAUGAGGUUGUAGUGGUAGUUGGAAAUUCAUUGAGUGGACAGGACAUAUCAAUGGAGCUUGUAGAAGUGGCAAAGGAAAUUCACCUCAGUGCCAAAUCCCUUAAUAUAACUGAGGGUUUAUCUAAAGUGAUCUCCAAGCAUGAAAACUUGCGCCUUCAUCCACAGAUAGACUGCCUUUAUGAAGAUGGAAAGGUUCUGUUUGUAGAUGGCUCUUGGGUCAUGGCUGACACAAUACUCUACUGCACGGGGUAUUCAUAUACUUUUCCCUUUCUUGACACCAAAGGAAUAGUAGUUGUUGAUGAUGACAGAGUGGGACCUCUGUAUGAGCACACUUUUCCUCCAUCUCUGGCUCCUUCCCUCUCCUUUAUAGGCAUUCCCAGAAAGAUAAUAGGGUUUCCUUUCUUUGAGUCACAAGCAAGAUGGAUAGCUCAGUUGCUUUCUGGGAAAAGAACCUUGCCAUCAUGGGAUGAAAUGAUGCAAUCCAUCGGGGAAUUUUAUCAAUCAAGGGAUCUUGCUGGCAUUCCUAAACAUAAUACCCAUGAAAUUGCAAAUUUUGAGUAUUGUGAUUCGUAUGCGGAUCAAAUCGGGUUCCCACGUUUAGAAGAAUGGAGAAAACAGCUGUGUAUAUCGGCCUUGGUGAAUGCUGAUGUCAAUCUGGAGACUUACAAGGAUUCAUGGGAGGAUGAUGAGCUGCUGCAAGAGGCCCUUCAAAGUCCUCAUUUGACUCAGCUUGGGUAAGAAGCUUUGGCACUAUAAAGAACAAAGGCUCAAUGCUUUUCGGUUUGGUACUUUGGACCAAAAGUACUUUCUCAAUAUUUAAGAAAGAAAAGAAGGUGACAAAAAGGAGAGAUAUGGAAACAUUCAAUAAUAAUUUGUCCUGCUAAGGCAGCGGCAGUUGGACAUCUUUCUUGCUACUGAAAGCAAGAAUUUUACUUUGGUCUUUGCUUUCAAAAGCAAGAUAAGUGCUUUAUAAAAGAUAACUGAAGAAUUUUCUUUUCUUUGGUCAUUCAAUGUCCCCGGUUUUCCUUUUCAAUGCAAAGACUUCUUUUUACUCAUUUUUUUUCCUUUUUCACUGUUAUACAUUUCAGCCUAAUUUUUCUUCAUGAUGUAUGAUGAUGGACUUCGGUUAUAAAAAAGGAAAUAGUUA